AUGGAGGGCCAUGUCGAGGAUCAGUCAUUGGAAUUCAUCAUUAGACUGCACGGAUCCCUGCGUGGUCAUCUCCGCCUCCCUACUCCAUUUGCUAGGGUGAUGGAGCUUGAACAGCCGCGCGCAUUGAAGCUGCACAUGAGGGGCUGCGGUAAUGGCAGCAUGCGGGUGGAUGUGGACUUCCCCGCCCCUCAUGUAAUAAUCUUCCGACGCGGCUGGAAGACUUUUGCUCGCGCACAUAGCUUGUCGGAGGGGCACGUCCUCCAUUUUAAAUUAAUGGAGGCCGAUCUGCUCACCGUCAAGGUCUUUGGGUGCUCGGGCGCUCGCUUAGCGUGCUGUGCGGAGAGCUCGACCGAUGACGAAAGCUCCUCCUCGAGCGAUAGCGACGAGGUGCACAGUGACGGCGAUGACGACAGCGCCGACAUGGAGGACGACGACUCUCACUCUAGUUGA